AUGGAGAAACAUUUGUUUAACCUGAAAAUUGCCGCCAAGGAGCUGGAACGUAACUCUAAGAAGUGCGUCAAGGAGGAAGGCGUUGAAAAGCUAAAAUGCAAAAAGUCCAUUCAAAAGGGCAACAUCGAAGGCGCCCGAAUUCACGCGGAAAACGCCAUCCGCCAGCACAACAACUCACUGAACUACCUGCGAAUGUCUGCCCGAGUUGAUGCGGUCGCCUCGCGCGUGCAAACGGCAAUGACCACAAAGAAAAUCACCCAGUCGAUUGGCGGCGUCACCAAGGCCAUGGAGUCGGCGAUGCGGUCGAUGAACCUGGAGAAGAUCAGUCAGAUUAUGGACAAAUUCGAGAAGCAGUUCGAAGACCUGGACGUGCAGACCAAGACGAUGGACAAUGCGAUGAGCAGCACGACGACCAUCAGCACGCCGGAGCACCAGGUCGACGGGCUGAUGCAGCAGAUCGCCGAUGAGGCAGGAUUGGAAAUAAACAUGGAGUUGCCAUCAAACGUGACAUCGACCAUUGGCAGCAAGACUGCCACCGCAUCUCAGGAGCAAGUCCAAGACGACCUGUCGAAGCGACUGGCUCAGUUGCGCCAAAUGUAA